CAAUUAUACAAAUGGAAGAAGAAAAACAAAAGGGGCAAUAUGAACAAGCCUCCCCCUCAUCAAAAUUCGAGGCAAUUGAUCGAUCUUGGAUCUAUACAAAAAAGAUUUCGAUUGUAAUCAGAUCAAAAUUUCCUGCGAUUUCUUCUGCGGAUCGAUCCUGAAAUUCUCUUCUCCAUACCCAGCAAUCAACUCCAAAUUUGAAAAUUCCUCACUGCGGCCAAACCCUAGCUGGCAGCAAGAACGAUCAUGGCCAAGAAUACGGCGAAGAAGCGGCCUCCUCCACCUCCACCGUCUUUCUCCUCCUCGUCCGACGAGGAUUCUCCUUCUCGAUCGAUUUUUCCUGUGAAGAAGCUCUCCGCUGGCUCAGGCACGGCUGCUCUGCGAAUGCAUACCGAGCCCUCCUUAGAACCAACCGAUGGCAGAAAAGAGGAGGAUGAUAAAUCGUCUGAGAGUCCCAAAAGAAGCCAUGGGGCAGCGCGACGAGUUUCUCGAAAGACUGAUCAUGACCCGGCAAAUGACGUGAAAUUAGAGAAGCCCUUGGCGGCGACCAAAACCCUAGAAAAAACCGGGAGCAUAGAUGAGAAGCGGAAGGAGAUGGUUGAAUCAUCUGAGAGCGAAGAGAAAGAGUCCACGGACGAGGAAUCAUCGGAGGAUUUGGGGACUGCUGCUCGACCACCGAAUCCUCCAACACAGCUGCGAGAUUCUCAAACCACCAAUGAUGGUAAGCAAGAAGUUUCGAACAACUCUUCGUCGUCUGAGUCAGGCUCAGGAGAUGGAGAAGAGGACGGCAAGGAGUUUAAUUCUAGGGCUGAAUCGAAGCAGCUGCGGCCUCGUUCACCUCCCCAACCGGCCAGAAAUUCUGUCAAUCCAAUUGCUGAUUCGCCAUUGAAGCCGCCCAAUUCCUCAAAAUCUGUCGCUGGUGAAGAAAACGAGGAUGAAGGCUCCGAGAGUGAAGAAGAAGAGUCUACGGCUGAUAACGAAUCAUCUGAUUCUCAAAACAUGGAUGAUGAUAAACAAGCUCCAGACCCCUUUUUGGACCCAGUCAGUAAAAAGCCCUUAGUCAGCUCUACUCAGCCUGUAGAGAAGGAACCCAAUUCUGGAAAGCAAUCUGCGGCCUCACAUGCCAGAAUUUCAAAGAAGAAGAGGAAGGCCAGUGUAGUUGGACCAGGAGGCCAGGAGAAGGAACGUUUCAGGAGAAUUUGGAGCUAUGAGGAUGAGCUGGCAUUGCUGCAAGGCAUUCUGGAAUACAAAGAGCAAUAUCAUGCCAUCCCGUAUGCUCAUGUGCAUGCAGAAUCUCUUUUAAAAUCUGUGAAGGAUUCUUUAUCCAUCUCGGUCUCUGCGAACCAGAUUACUGAUAAGGUUCGCAGGUUGAAGAAGAGAUAUAAAAAUACUGCUGCCAGAAGAAUUCUUGCGAAGAGGUCAAAGUUUUCAGAUGCUCACAAUGCUGCUGUAUUUGAUCUGUCAAAGAUGAUAUGGGAUUCUCUCAAGGAGGAAUCUUUUUUCCGUGAGAAUAAGGUCAAGCUAGAGAAACGAGAGGAGAGCUAUAAUAAAAAGAAAAGAGACUCAAAGCAUUUUGCUGGGGAAUAUCCUUCUCUAUAUUGGUUUUUGAGGAGUGAUCAUGGCAACAACGCACUGGUUUUACAAAAUCAUAUACCUGUUGCAACAAUAGACAUGUUGGAGGAAAAGUGUAAGAAGUUGGAAAUGAUAGAUAUGCAGCUGAACAUGCAAAAAAUAGAGUUCUUAUCUUCUGCAGUGAAACUAAUCAAGGAUGCCCUUGCCAAAUGUUGAUAAUGAUGCUAUCAAAGGUUUUUUUUUUUGUU